GCUGUGCAACCUUCUCUCGCGCUCUUGGUAGGCGGUGGGCGCGUGCUUCUCUGCUUGCUGUAUUCCUUUGCUUGGCGCCGCCAACAGCAUAUUCUACGACGCUUGUUAUUCAUCUUUUUUUUUUCGGGAAAGGGGGAAACGAACCGGCAGCAGGCCAUCGCCGUUGAACGCGCUCGUCCAAGGUCCUCGUCCGGCCGACGGCGAACGUGACACAGCGCACAAGGCACGCGCUCGCUCGAGUAGAGAGACAACAGACGCGACGAUCAAGCCCCCCGCCACAAAAGACCAGCGCUGCAGCUUCUGCGUCGACCCGACUUUCGACAACUCGACUGCGGUGUUAGCUCGCGCUCGGUCCACCUCGAGCGUUCGCCCACGAGUCCGACGCUUUUCGUUCCUCCUUUCGGAUCGCCGUCUCAUCCGAAUCCUGCUGUUCCCGCCUCGCUGCACUGCGUCGCCUAGCAGCUGCUCUUCGACCGAAGCCCGCAGUACUACGUGCGAGUCCGGGCGUCGAUUAUGUCGGCGACUCCGCCGCAUCAGCCGCCGGCCGCUGCCAACGAUGACGCGCUCAACGAGUCGUGGGUGGAGCUGUACUAUGGUGCAUCGUCGUCAGCGUCUGAGCGUGCCACGCCCCCCCUGACGGGCAACAUGCACAUCCUCGAGAAGCUGCUGCUGGAGGCCCAGAGAGACUCUAAUGUGUCCUCCGCCCGUGGCAGUGGCAGUCCCAAGAGCCCACACAGUCCGGCAAGUGAAACCGUCCCCUUCAUCAUAAACAGGGAGGAGAAGCAAAUUGCGACCGAUUGGAUCUGGGACUGGAGCAGCCGCCCUGACCAGCAGCCUCCCAAGGAUUGGAACUUCCGUCACCCACCAAGUGUGGGUGGCAUCCGGAAACGCCCCGUGUUGAGUUUGCGUGGUUCGCGCAUCAUCCGCCUGGCCGACAUCUUUCCCCUACUGCUGCUCAGCAACAUCCUCUCAAUACUGCUGGGGGCUGGCAUUGGGGUGUGCAUUGGCCGGCGUAUGAGGGUGGCCAACGUUGAGUGAUCUCACCGUCAUGGUGUCUCCAACGACGCGGGCACAGAUGCUGCGACGUGGUUUGAAGGCUCUGCGCCCGUCGUCGAUCAACGCUGCUUCUCUUUUCCUCGAUCGCCCAGCGCCUGACCAGUUGUCGACUUGCUGUGGACUGGCUCACCAGAGCGGUUGCCAGAUGAACCCCCCAGAAAACGGCAGGCUUGCCCUUUCCACACGAUGCGUAUCCAGAAUGAUCCGGUCUGCAGAUACGGCAGUCUAAUGUAACUUCCCGUGUCUUACGUAGUGAGAGAAUCACUCAUCCAUAUUUAGUGCAAUUAGUUUUGACAGUGGUGUACAUCUUUUUAGAAAAAAAAGGAAAAGAAGAGAAAAAAUAAAGAAAGAUGGUUGUGCUUUUGGAGAUUUGCAAAUUCAGUCACCUGCUGCAUAUCCGUGCAAAAUGUGUGCACAACGCCGCUCGUCUACUCGAUGCCGGCCGUGCAAUACCUAAGCACUGUCGUGCAAGAGGUGAGCAAAUUCUGUGAGUAGGCAAGGCAUGGCUACAUGACUGGUAUAGCAUUUAAUGACAUUCACUGUGGUAUGUUCCUGCCACACCAAAUUAUGUGCACAUGUCACGUGCUUGAACCGGAUUGCGUUUGACCUUCCAGUGCUCUUGAGGCAACACACCACUUGCAUUGUCAAUGUACUCGGCACAGAAUGAACACGUCAUGCCCACAAGUUGUGCUGUGUCAUGCCUCCAAGUUGUCGCCAGUAAGAGGCUGCGAGCGGUAUUGUACGCACACAUUAUGCAACGUGAUUCGGUGUUCUGCUUCCUUGUCCCAUACUCUUUGUCUUUCAGACUAUUCAGCGCGGACCCACCUUUUCGAAAGCUCUUCCACUGUUAAAGAAAAAAGCUUUUGCAGCCUGGUAUUUAAUAUGGGCCUUCGGUGCAGAACACUUAACUUACUGUACAAAUCGGCAGGCUUUGGGAAAUGUAGAUUACUUUGUGCAUUUCUAGAAUGCCUUUCUUAUGAAAUCAUAUGUCAAUCAAUGGAAUGCCAUUUUUUAAGCUUGUGCCUGUGUUGUAGCAACGUUAACACGACUGGCCUAAUACAAGUGAUAAACCGCGUGCUAUCAUUGCAAGAGAAUUGUACUUUGGUAGCACUGUGCAUUCAUUAAGUGCUGUAGCAUUCUUUCAAUACAUAAGCUUUACUUAGGCAUGGUCCAAGCACUGCUGUUGCUAUUUUGUGCUUUAAUUGAUAUUCGGGAUGCCUUUGUAGUUUGUCUUGCCUAACAGAACUGCAACUGUUGUUUUUCUAUGCCGUAUUCUUCUGCUGUAUGGCCCGCAGCUGGCGCGUGUAGCCCACAGCAGUAAAUUUUCGCACAAAAUUUUCCCUAUGGUUGCUCAUACUUGCUUUUGCAGGGACUACUUCUUGCUGAAUAUAGCUUUUCUUUAUUUUCUCAGAUGUUCACAUAUUACUUUGUGCAUUUGUUAAUUUAUAUAUGAUUGCCUAUCCACGGGCAAAUUUAUGCAGCGAAAGCAAGCGGCUUAUCUUGUUGCGAGUGACAUUCACUUGCAUGUAGGUAGUUGCCUAUAUAAACUGAAAAUAUUGCUUGUGGGCAGGAAAAAUAGUUCUGGGACUUCACUCCGUCAUUUUAACAUGCCUAUCUUUUUUUCUUUCUUUCCGGCGUCCCGAAGGUAAGAGGUCAUAAUAAUUUUGAUAUCAACACUGGCACUUCUUUGGCUUUGACAACCUGCCAUCACCUAUGUAUAUUGCUUAUGUCACGAAAGAUCUUCAGCUUCUUAUAUAUAGCAUGUGGUCUAUACACCAGAAAAUGCACCAGAUUCUGUCUGUCUGCAGUGCCUGUCCUGCUUCAUGCCACCUCAACACCCUUGCACUGUUGCUUGCGAUUAAAAAGCAGUGUAUUUCCACAUGAAAGCAAACUGUACCAGUGUGUAUUUUCAGAAGCCUUAGUCGAUGUUCUCUGCCCUGGUGUUCAUGGUUGUGGGUUGACUUUGGCGGCAUACGCUUCUGGGUGCCUGUAUAAAUCUAUCCUGAAGUAUGCAAACUUGGGUUUUCGAUGACUGUGAGUGGCACCGGGAGCGGGAGGCAUUCAGGGAACAAUUGCUGUGUUUAUCUCCGGUUGUCGAAACUUUAACCAGGCAUUGGAGGAAAUGCAGUUUGAGAGAAACAAAUGAACAGCUUAGCGAAACUGCACAAGUCAUCUACUGUUCAAAUUUGCACUUUUUACUGGUCACUUAUGUAACUCUUCCGUGAACGUACUCUUGGAGAGUCACUUUCGAAUAUAUUACUUUCAGUGUGCAUUGAUUGGAUGGUUGAGCAGAAUCUAUCAAAUCGUACAACGCACCACGUACUACGCCAUGCGAAAGUGAUGAUAUCCGAAAGUCAUCGUCCAAGGAUAUGUCCCCUGGACUUAACUGUGCUCACUUCUGGAUGCUUCAGUUUUGCUGUAUGUGCCCUGGAAUACCGUAUUUACUCGCAUAAUGAUCGCACUCGCGUAAUGAUCGCACCCCUGAAUUUUGUCGUCAAAAUUAGAUUUUUUUUUAUCUCCCGUGUAAUGAUCGCACCCCGAACUUGCCGCAGCGAUAUGUCGUGUGCCAAGUCUAGCUAAUAAUUAUCGUGCUUACCAUCUGUCGACUGCUACGCGAACGACUCGUCUGCACGCACCAAACAUUCUUAAGCAUAUGCCUCGUUUCAUUUACUUUCAUCACUUUCCGCACUUCCAUGACAAAAAGAGGUACAGCCAAACUUGUCUUUAUUAUGGGUAGGCUUUACAAUGGUUGUGGUCAACAAAAACAAAAAAGGCGCCUUUCGAUUCUUUUCACCUGCACUCGCGAGCACGCAACAAAUCGCGCGCGGCAAUGAUAGUAGCCACGUUUACACUGAUACGUUAAAAGUGUACCCUAUUCAUACGCCGACGCUUGUAACACAGCUAAGAUAUUCGCCCACCCUUAGCGGAAACGUGCCGUGUUAGGAUAGUAGUGAAGCCAGAUGCCGCAGUUUCCGCAGCACGCCGGGCAUGCGUUUCUGUAACUGGCAGCUAAGUGCGCCCAUCUGUUUCUGUCCCCUCAAAGUGGACAUGGCUACGUUAUUGCCGCAAACUUGCUGAUAUUAACGAUAUUAUUCAUCACUGAUAUGGAAGAAACUGUUUCAAUGCACGUAAUGUACUCACGAGAAGAAAAAAAAAUCGCGUUCAGCGCGUUCGGCUUGCUCCGCCGGCCGUCAUUUUUGUUUUGGUGUCCCGCACCCGCAUCCCGCAGCAAACGCGGGACGAAAAAAAAAUUUCUUUUUCGCGCGAAAUUUAACCCGCGUAAUUAUCGCACCCCUGAAUUUGCGUCAAUUUUUCUGACAAAAAGUGCGAUCAUUAUGCGAGUAAAUACGGUAAGAAUAAAAGUGAGACUUAAAAGGUGGUUUCACUGCAGGGGUUGUUGUUGGCCCAGUGGUACCAUGUCUUGUUCGAUUUUGGCGGUAUUGAACAUUUAUUUGGGGGGGGGG